UUUUUUGCUUAAAAUUCUAUUUUUCUACUUCUUGAGUUUUAUCUGAAAAAUAAUUUUCCAAAGAAUGUAUAUGCCUAACCCCGCUGUGGGACUUUCCACUAAUCCAGGCUCCCAUGGGGAAUACCCAAGUUUAGGGGGUUUGAAGUCCAGUGAAGAACCCGCAGAAAAAUCGGCCAAAUUCAUCCCAUCAAGUGAGGUUCCCUACUACUACCCCUACCGUAGCACCGAUGGGGAAGUACCCACUGCUACUUACUCGCCCCCGAUUUCCGAUGACGUAGUGGCAGCCGGCGGAAAUGACGGAAGCAUGCUGUUCGGUUGUCAUAACAACGGGUCACCGAGAUCCGCUUGUGACGUCACACAGCAAAACUUGGGCGCCUAUAACGCUACGGCGUCACGAGAGGCCGGAAAUGACGUGGAAUCGAACCCGGGAUCCUGCGAACGACGAACUUUCUCUUUCGAAUCGAACGAAGAGGAAGCGCUGGACCGGAACGAGAAAAAGGUCACGUGUUCGACCCAAUACUCCGACUACCCCAGGACCCAUGACAGUUACCCCUCGAUUAUGGGAAGCACACCAAACUUCACAGCUUUACCCGUCCUACCCACCUCUAACUCAGAUUACUCCCGGUCUGAUUACGUCACAGCCCGACCCCCAGUAUACGUACCCUUACCAGAAAACCCAAUCUAUUCUACGACCCAAACCCAACCCCUUAACCCCAUGAAAACGGGGUAUUCAUCACAAAGUUACCCCUCCAACCCCCAAUACCCGUUCGGACCCACCAGCUACACCCAACACCCAGGCGACUUCGCCCCGAACGGGGGAAUUCCCUCUAAUUCACCCAGCUUACCCAACAGCUACAGUUACCCCACAGGCCUAUGGGCCCCAGCAGAAAACCCCCUAAAUUACCCCGGUGUGGGUUAUGGGAUGUCAAUGAACCCAGCGUCUUAUAUGAGCGGAAUGCCCCAAUACGGUGAACCACGUGAGUGCGUGAACUGUGGCGCCAUCUCGGCCACGUCGUGGCGCCGAGACGCCUCAGGACACUUUCUGUGCAGCACGUGUGGCGCGUGUAGGAGUGGUAGCUAUAUGCGGGCACCUGUCAAGUCUAAAGGAAAACUGGCAACAUGUAGACGACAAGUAUGUUCCAACUGUAGCACAACCGUUACAACAUUGUGGCGUAGAAGUCCGGACGGAAACCCGGUGUGUAACGCGUGUGGUCUCUACCAGAAGUUACACGGGGUUCCUCGACCAAGAACAAUGAAGAAAGACAGUAUCCAAACUCGUAAGCGGAAACCUAAAGGUCAGGGCAAAGUAAAAGGUCAGAAACAACGAAAAACUUCGUCAGCGGACAGCGGCGUCUCGAACGACAUCGAGACCGAAAAGCAACACUCUGCGGGAAACAACGUUCCCGAAUCCCCGCAAAGAUACGACUACCAGACCCAAAGUUUCGCCUCCGCCAACGACAGCGCCAUCUCCGGCCACAACGUUCUAUCGGCUUCGCUAUUGGACAACAGCCUCGUGACGUCAGCCUCUACGUCAGAACGAAAUACUACGUCACCAUUCGUUGAAUCACACCCCGUUAUCGGAGUGGGGUCUUCCCCAGACUCGGGAAUUGGGAAUCCCCGCGCUAACACUACAGCCGGAAGCAUCGGCCGUGGACCGGAAAUGAGAUCAUCACCAGAAUCUGGUGGUUUUAGCCCUAUGGGAAGAUUUGAUCCUGAGAACCCGGAAGUGUUCGAGAAGAAACAAGACAUAUCGGGCCAAUACCCUGGUAAUUAUGUAACAGGCGACCCCAAGUAUUAUAACGCGAGGUAUACGUCACUUCCUGCCGAAUCCUUCCCGGAAAACCAGGGUUUUGAUUCUGAAAGUUUAGCUGCUUUAUAUUCUAACGGUUCUGCUGCGUCAGUGUCCCAGAAUCGUCACUUCCGGCAAUACCACCCCUACGCUCGCUACCCUUCACACCGGUCCCCCUAUGUUAAACCUGAAGUGAUAUAAUAAUCCAAUCGUGACGUCAUUGGUUAACGGUACCCGGAAAGCUGCUAGUCACGUGAAUUAACACGUGACACCUCUGCACCAAUCAUCUGUCUGAACGUAACUGCCAAAUUUUUGUCGCAAAAAAAAAACAAAACAAGUUUUCCAAAAUUUACACAAAAUUGAAUUUUUUUUUUACAAAAUCUUGACACUAUACGUCAUCAAAUAAAAUGAUGACUGCGCAGGUUUCAAAAUAAAUGCUGCAUCAUGUUUUUAGGCCCAUGAUAACUUUUCUAUUUUUUUCAAUUUUUUUUUCUGAAGUUUCGCUGUUUCUUUGCUUUUGUGUCAAUUGUUUUUCGUGAAUUAAUCUUCACACUGAUUCACUCGCAUUGCUUCACCCGCAAAUCCUUUACGUCUUGAGUGCUUGUGAAUUUCGCGUACAAAAACUUCAAAAAUUCUUAGCGCACUUAAAAAAAUAUUUUUUUUUGAUAAUUUUUUUAAAAAUACUUUCUCUAAUUCAAUCUUCCCCUAUUUAGGCAAUGUAUAUAAGAUUUCUAUUAAAACUAUCUUGUCUCUAUGUGCACGCUCAUGUCUUCACUUUGUUUCUUGUUACGUCAUCAUACUCUCGAUUUUAAAACGUUUAUGACGUAAUGCAGUGUUCAAGUGCGUCAUAAUUCUGCAAUUUUUUCGUCCCCGCCCAAAGAACCGUACUACUAUAUUGUACAUAACGCUCUAUUGAAGAAAUACAAUCAUGGUUUAA